UUUAAGGAUAUUGGGGACAUAUACAAGAUGCGAAUUGUCUGCUCUGCUUUGCCUAUUUCACCCGGAUGGCACUUAAGGCAUGUCCGUGUCGAAGAGUCAACAAGUAACAGUGAAAUAUAUUUUAACUGUGACUGCUGGCUUUCUGUGGACACAGAAGGAGAGGAAGUUAUCAAGGAAUUCCCUAUAGUGAAUAAUCAGCAGGAACCUUUACCAGUCAUUGAGUAUAUCGUUUCUGUUCAUAUUGGUGAUCACUGGGGAGCAGAGACCACAGCUAAUGUUUAUGUCACUGUCUAUGGAGACCGAGGGGACUCAGGUGCGAGGAAACUGCGUCAUUCUUUGCCACCAGGAGAAAGAUUUGCACGAAGCAAGAUAGAUUAUUUCCUUUUGGAAGCUGUUUCUUUGGGACAAAUUAAAAAAGUGGUUCUUGGACAUGAUGGAGAAGGAUAUGGAGCAGGAAUGUACCUGAAGAUGGUGACGAUAAAAGAGUCGCAAGAUUCUGGCACUGAAUGGAUAUUUCCAUUUUGGAACUGGCUAGACAACUAUCUGGGGUUGUGCCAAACGGUCUGCAAACUCUACACAAUUGGCAGGAGAUUAUCUACAAAUCCUAACCCAAUUGCCCAGUCAGGGGGCUUAUGGAUAAUUGAUAUCACUGGUUCUGAAUAUGACAGAUCAGAAAUCCUCGCCAACUUUGACAUUGUCUUUUACGGGGACAAAGGCAAAGAAGAAGUAGAAGCAAAAAUUGUUGGAAACAUAAUACAGAUGAAGGAAGAACUUAAAAAUGUGGGUUCUCUUUACAAGAUACGUGUUUCAUGGUCAGAUAUUAAGUUAAAGAAGGCUUGGCAUUUGACUUCGAUCCAUAUGAAGCACUCUGUUACUAAUCAGGAAAUGUGGUUGAUGGCUGAUUGCUGGUUGAAGCCCAACGACGAAAACUGCAUAGAAAUUCCUGCAAUGUAUCCCAACAAAGAUCCUCUCCCUGUGGUAGAAUAUGCCAUUCAUCUGCACACUAGAGACAUGAAGAACACAGGUAUAAAUGGCACAGUUUACAUUUGCAUAGAAGGUGAAAAUGGAGAUACUGGAAAUCGACUCUUAAAUAUCUCUGGCUCUCAUAGAAAGGACAGCAAAGAGCAGGUGGAUGUUUUUAAAAUCAAAGCUGUGCACCUAGGGAAGCUGCAAAGGAUUGUGGUUACAUUUUGCAACCCACAAAAAGAUCAAUGGUUUCUGGAGAAGAUUAUUGUUAAAGAUCUGGAAUUCUCUUUCACCAACUACACAUUUAUCCAUAAUGACUGGAUCAUCUGUGACAAUGAAAAAGGAUUAACAGAAUCUAUAAUUAUGUUGAAAGAGCUAACUGUGGAACCCUACACUAUAAAACACUUCAAUGCUUCAACAAAAGGAAAGUGGAUCAUGCAAGUUCUUGGUACACAACCAGAGGGUGAAAACGUAGACAUUUCUUUUGUUGUAUUCGGAAGAACAGGGAAAUCAUCGUUAUUGAAAUUAAAAAACCUAGACUACAGUCCCUUUCUGGUGGAUGUUGGAAACAUUGGGUCGAUAAUAAAGGUCUCGUUCCUAUCUAUGGAUCUGACGUAUGAGACCAAACUGCAGCUACAGAAGGUUCGUAUGAAAGAUGUGGACACUAAACAGGAGAUAGGGUUUUACCCUGGGAAACCGCUACUUCCUAAUGAAGACAGUGCAGAAUCUGUGCAAGAAUUACCAGCAGUGCUUCCUAAUAUUCCACCCCUAUCAGAAGUUUCGUAUUUCCUUCAAAUUAGAACAGGUAAUUUUCCUGCCUCUGGGACAGACGCAGAUGUCUUUAUUACAGUGUUUGGAGAAAAUGGAGAUACAUGUAAAAGAAAACUGAGACACUUACCACUCUCAGGAAUGUUUGAAAAAGAUAAGGUAAAUAUCUUCACUAUAAAAGCAGUAGACCUUGGCACUCUGUCUAAGGUACAAGUUGAGCACAGUGCAGUUGGGUACGGAGCCGGAUGGUAUCUGGAUCAAAUAACCAUCCAAGAGACAGAUAAGACGGAUACUGAGUACUUGUUUCCAUGCCAUCAAUGGUUAGACACGGGAAUUGGUGACACACAAACUAAAUGUGAAUUAAAGCUUUUGGGAAAAGUCAGCAAAAAUGUUGGAAGGCUACGUACAUCACCUCAAGGAGCUGUUGAUGUCAUCGUCAUGGUGGGUGAAGUGGAAAAUGGUUUUGUGAGUUCUGCGGUAUCUGUAACUAUUUGUUGUGAACAUGGAAAUCACGAAUUAGCAGUAUUUGCAAAAGGAUCUCUAAAACAAAACAGCACAUCUCAGACUACUGUGGAUCUAAAGAAAGACCUUGGUCCUGUACGCAAACUCCGGCUACAAAUGCAAGAUGAUGCAAAGGGAAAUAAUUGGUUUUGCAAAGAGGUUAAGUUGCAGCAUAAACAAAGCAAUGAAAUACUUGAAUUUCCAUUUCUUCAAACCUUCAGUAAUGAUGGGAGGAACACAGUAGCCGAGCUUCCCGCCCUGUAUCCCGACAGACGUGCUUUAAUAGUGAAGACCUAUGCUGUCUACGUAACCACUGCUCAAUCACCACAGAUAAUUACAGACGCAAAAGUAUUCAUCACUCUACGUGGAAGCAUGGGAGACACUGGAAGAAGAACGUUUUCUUAUAAAAGAACUGACUUUACCAAUAAAAGAAAGACUGCAGAAUUUCAAUUGGAAUGUGUUGACAUUGGUGUAAUACAAGAGCUAUUCAUAGAAAAAGAACAGCAAACUAAUUUACAACUAGAGAAAGUGGUUGUGGAGGAUGGAAAAUAUAUCAAGAAAAAGUAUGUUUUCAUGCCGCAGCAGUGGAAAAAAGACAAAAACAAAAUGAUGUCCAUGACUCUUCAAGUGACAGAAACACAAGAAGGAAACAGUACAGAAGCUCUAGUUUAUGGAAAGAAACCAUUGACAUCAGAUGGCGAGUGGAUAAUUUAUUUGACUAUGUCUAAUGAGGAAAUCCAGCAGCCAAUUACAAGUCCACCGGAAGACGCCUGUGAUUUGGUUUUUGUGCUUUAUGGAGACAAGGGCAAGUCCAGCUUCAUUGUUGGAGAGAAAGGGACAUUAUCUCGAGUUAAGACCCUGAUGACUUACAAGGUCAAUCUGAUGAAUGAUUUGGGAGAAUUAUAUAAAGUGCGAUUGGGUUUUGAAAAAUUGAACGAAAACAGAGACCGGUUAUAUUUCCACCACUUAAAAAUGCAGAAUACAAAAACCUUGGAUAUGUUUAACUACUCAAUAAAUCGAAAUCUUCCUCUUUCAAUGAAUGGAGACAGAUGGAUUGAAGUCCCAGUUGAGUGGCCUCUAAAAUCCACUCUUACAGCGGUUAAAUAUUAUGUCACUGUUUUUGCCGCUGGAAACCUGAACCAGGGAGCUGGUGUGGAUCUGUCUCUAUGCUUACACGGCAAGCAAGGGGACUCAGGAGACAGACAUCUCACAUGGCAAAAUGCAGAAGAUGAAAAUGGGGAAGAGUUAUUUACCAGUGUAUUAAAUGCGGUGGAGAUUGGAGAAAUUUUCCACAUUGACAUUUCAAUGAGCAGCAAAAAUGAUUGCCAACUUCAUAUCAAGAAGAUCCAAAUACAGGAGUCUUCAAAGCAGGAGGUGUACAUAUUUGAAUUAAACCAGGACUUUUCAGUUAUUGCCAAUGAACCAGCUAUUUGGAGGAAAGUUCCUUUGUCAGAAGUUGCUCAUGAAGAACAAGAAUCCAACCACAUUAGAUUGCUUAACUUUGAUCGGAAGGAAAUUGUGAAAGAUGAGCUAGUGGAACAUCUGAUUAAAGUGUACACAGGUGAUGUGACAUCGGCAGGCACAGAUGCCCACGUACAUAUACAUUUAUUUGGUGAAUGGGAUUCAUUUGGACCAGUUGAGCUAACACAGCCAUUGGAGGACCAUAAUCCUUUUGAAAGGGGAAUGGUUGAUACAUUUAGAAUUCUAUCAAAAAAUUUGGGAAGAAUCUUACAUAUUGAAGUAGGCCAUGAUGGCAAAGGACUCGGGAGUGGCUGGUUCUUGGAUAAGAUUGAGAUCACAAAUGUAACUACAAAUGAGACGACUCUUUUCAGAUGCAGCAGGUGGCUCUCUGAAGAAGAGGAUGAUGGUAGCACAGUGAUACACCUUUACUCGUAACAAACACCUCCUGCGAACGUGAUGAAUUGUCAUCUUAGGAUGCUGAACUAUGUAUUCUACAUAUAUGCCAAUAACAGGCAACACACAUACAAGUUUGUUAUUUGGUAACCACGAAGACAUGUUACGUGCUAGCAAUACUCUGAAGUUAUGAAUAUCAAUGGUUUAUCCAACAAAAUGGUAUACUUUGCCCCAAAAUAUUUUUAUGUUUGCUGGUGACACCUGGGGCGUUGCCUUGUUCCCAAAAGAAGCAGAGGCAGGAGCCCCUUACUAUAAUUUCAUCACUUUCACAUCACUCUGCAACCUAAACACACCAUCUACACCCUUCUUCAAUCCUCAUAACAGGAUUCAUUCAUCAGUGAUGAAUGGAAGGACGUUAACUACUGGCCACUCAGUGACCACACAUGAUGAUUACAACGGUUAGACACAAGUCCAAAGCAUCCUCACUGCUGUAAUAAUAUCAUGACUACACAUUGAAAUAGUAAAAUAUGUGUUUUGCUGCGGUUUCACAAUGGAGAAAGAAGCAAGCAGGUUACAACUAUCCCCAAGAAUAUGCACUAACCAGGAAUUCCGGCCAUUUGAUCAACAGUAUUCUACUGUUGUGGUUGUCGUGUAGGCUGCAGAUUGUUAGUAAUGUUCCUUGUCAUGUAGCAAAUACCAUUCAAUUAUUAUCAUAAAGCAAUAACUUCUGUGUGCUAAAAUGUCAAUCAAUAUUUUAGACAAAAGUAAAUUAAUUCAAUAAAGUGGAUUUAUUUGGCUCUAA